UAGCAAAUGGAGAGUUCUGGUGCUACAAGUACUAAUAAUGCUCAAGCACAAAGGGUCCCUUAACCCUGUGUUAGUACGCAUCAGAAUGAAACAAUUGUAUCAGCCUUGUUCAAAUUCCAUUACCUGCCCAACAACAACUGAGAAAAAGCAAGAAGGAAAGGUUCUGCAAAUUAAGCAAAUUAAACCAAGAGGGGAGAAUCUUUCUGGUUGUUCGGGAUGCAGUCCCUCCUUUUUCCUUGCAAUGUGAACUUCCUUUUUUGGAAAACAACACAAGAGGAUUUAUUUUCUUCUUGUGCUUGAACUCCACCACUGAAAGGAAGAUUAGUUUUGAUUCUAAAUUCCCUCUUAUUAUGUAUGUUAUUUUCUUUUGAAUAUGGUUCAAAGAAUGGUUCUAAGCAAGCUUGGUAUCCAAGCUGAUCAUGUCAAAUCUGACAAGUGCUUAGCAAACCUGAAGCCAUAUUCUUCUCAGUACCAAGAUGGCAAAACCAAAGGAACUGAUAAGGUGAAGAAAAUGAUGAAGUCAAGGUCAUUUCAGCUUUCAGAUUUCGAGCCUCCUCAAUCACCACCUUCGGUCAGGAGCUUGUCCCAGCCAAGAAAGCCAUCACCUCUUCAUGUUCCAACUACUGCAGCAUCCCCACAACAGCAGAAGGCUAUGGUCAGAAGGUCACCCAAUUACAUGAAGCCUACCAGCAGUUCAGAUGCAAAAAAGGAGCUUUUGCCGGUUAGUCAUCGGAAUACCCAAUCUAGUUCAGAUGGUAAGAGUCUACCACAAAAAUGUAUGAGAAAUUCAAAAGCUAGCUAUGUUUCUUGCAAAGAGCCUGCAAAAACUUUGUCAAGAUCAUCUAGUGUGAAUUCAAUGAGAACAUUAACAAAGACUCCUAGUUUCAAGCCUUGUAAAGCUUGUUCAAGAGAAUUCACAUCAGCAGUUCUGUUUGAAGAUGUGAAUGCACCAGAGAGAGCUACCUGCUCUUCAACUUUGAAAGACUGCAAGUUUCCCGAGUACCUCAUGCUUGACCCUGGGGGAACUGAGUCUGAGGGAGUUUCACUUAUGAAGGUUUGCCCAUAUACAUAUUGUUCUCUUAAUGGCCAUGGUCAUGGUCAUUCUCCUUUGCCUCCAUUGAAGAGCUUCAUGUCAGCAAGGAGGCAUCUUUUGGAGACUCAGAAGAAUAUAAAGGCGGAAGUUGCGAGCCCUCAAAGAUGGAAGGUGCCCCCCUGUGAUACAAAAAAAGACUCUUAUAGUGAGCAGAUUGUCUUUCAUGGAAAACCUGCAUGUGAUGAAGCUGAUACAGGUAAUCCAACAAUCACUCCCUUGGCACAAGAAAUUGGUAUGGAUUUCUUCUUUGAAAUCUAUGCUAAGGAAAGGGAAGGAGAUGGCAAAAUGGGAAAAUUCAACUCUUUCAAAGACCUUGAGGAGCAAGAAGAUAUCAAUUUUGCAAAUGACGAGAAUGACAUUGCAGCAGAAGAGGAUGGAGUCAAGCAAGUUACUCCCGGAGUGACUCGUGACCUCCCGAAGUCUCAGAUCAAUUUCGAGGAGGAUUUCAAAAACUAUUUUGCUGAUGCUGCUGCAAUUGAAGCAAAUAGCAAGGGGGGCUUUCAUCUAGGACAAAAUGCUGAAGAUGCAGAUGAAAACCAGCCACCUAGCUGGUUUCAUGAAGAAACCUGUUCAGGAAGCUGCUGCAAUGAGACUAGCUAUGAUUGGGAACAGAUGGAGAAUAUUGACUUGGAUGAGUCUGAUUCCCAAUAUAGUGAUAUGGACUGGGAGGAGGAACACUUCUGUGAAUUCAACCAUGAGGACGAUACUGAUUCUUCCAUCUGCUCAAUGGAGGAAACUGACUCAAAACUUGAGUCCUUAUCAGAGAGUUCACAUGAUAUAUCUGAAAUGCGGUUACACGACAUCGUUAGCAGUCAAUAUGCAGACAUUCUGGUUGAAGAAGCACUCCAAGAAGUUGAAGAAGAGAAAAGUACCUGUUUUGAUGCACAACCUCAUUGCACUAAUUCUGUCCUGGAAGACACAAGUGAAAGUAUCGAGUUUGUGACUCAAGAAACAGAUUAUCCAUCCAAUGAUACAAGUUCUGAGAAUGACCAAUCUACUUCAACUGAGGAAGUAUUUCAGCAUCUGAUAAAUGCAGAAGAUAACAGCAGAGAAAAUGAAAAACAUGUGGAUUAUGAGGUCAGUUGUGUUUCAAUGGUACUUGAUGAAGUUGAAAAUAGUGAAGGCCACAAAACUAGUGAAAUUUGUGAGAUUGAUGAGAGCAGUGAAGACAGAAAUGCAAGCCUAGAGAAUGAUGAUGAUAAUGGAAUUAGCCAGGAGAACCAAAUUCACUCGUCUGAAGUGCCAGAAGAAAGCACCAUUGUUGUUCAGGAGCAGAAAUUAUCGGAGGAAAAUCAAGUUAAAGGUAGUAAGUUGCCGAGCACAGGUGGUGGUGAAGAGCAGCACACGGGCAAUAAUAGGCAAUGGGGAACUAAGCGGAAGAGACCUAUGGAAGAGGAUGAGGAAAUGAGAAAGAUCAACCCACGAAAGCCAAAUUUCCUGCCCUUGGUUAUUGAGCCAGAACCAGAGAAAGUUGAACUGAAGCACCAAAUGAUAGAUGAAAGAAAAGAUGCAGAGGAAUGGAUGCUUGAUUUCGCUCUCAGACAAGCUGUCACGAGACUUGCUCCAGCAGGGAAAAGGAAGGUGUCAUUGCUGGUUGAAGCUUUUGAAACAGUAAUGUCAAUGCCCAAAUGUGAAGCCCGUAUGAAAAAUGAUUCACCCUUUGCUCAUGCAAGGCCUAUUCAAGCGUGUAGCUGAUGUAUGCAUGUAACUAAGGUAGAAACAGAGAGGUCUUCUCUGAGUCCUUUUAGCAAGUGCUAUCUUGCACUGGAAUCAAAGGAGGAAGACACCAAGAAAAAGCCAAUCUCCAUGACCAGGAGUAAUCUGAAAGCAACCAUUACAAUGAGUGACUUGCUAUGCAUCUCCUUUUUGAAGCGUCGAGAAAAUUCAACUUGCAGGGUCGUGUGGCUUUUUACAUGGAAACUGAAACACUAGAAUAGGUUGUGGAUUUGCUCCACAAACUUGUUCAGUGUAAUUUGGCAUUUACUUUCUUUAAGUUGUGUUUGAUGCACUAAUAUAAUACUUAUGUUAAUAAUAAAUGGCAAUGAUGCUCCAGAUUUGUUAUCAUGUAGAAGCAUAGCUAACAAUAUGUAUCUCCUUUUUGAAGCGUGGAGAAAAUUCAACUUGCAGGGUCGUGUGGUUUUUUACAUGGAAACUGAAACACUAGAAUAGGUUGUGGAUUUGCUCCACAAACUUGUUCAGUGUAAUUUGGCAUUUACUUUCUUUAAGUUGUGUUUGAUGCACUAAUAUAAUACUUAUGUUAAUAAUAAAUGGCAAUGAUGCUCCAGAUUUGUUAU